UGUCGGUUUGAUAACCAUGUAAAUCUCAAUUGGACAAGGUGACUUUUAUCAAUAUAUUCGGCUCUAUUUACUCUCAGAUUCAAAAAUGCUAAUUAGCAUUAAAGUAGGGGUACUAAGCUAACAUGGAAUUGUUUUCAGAUGGUCAUACCAUGGAUCAUUUAGCUAUUUGAUUUAGAAUUUUAGGACCCCUUUAGGUAUCAUUUUUUUAAUAAACAUAUUGUUUGUAGAAUGAGCAGAGAUGCUCCUCUGGGUGUAAACUCUAUGGAUUUGAAAAAUAGAGGUGCUCAGUAGAAUGGACCCCCCUUUUACUGCGACACAACAUACAGAAGGAAAUUGUGUAUGGUGCAAUAUGUAUGUCCAAUUUUUAAAACAUACUGAACAUCGUGCAAUACGAAUGGGCUAAUUAACAAAGGGAUUUAAAAGUGUUUUCUAAAGUUGAUUAUUAUAAUUAUAUUAACAGUAGAUAAAUAAUGUUUUGUCAUUUGUAUUACUGCUGUUACCAUGAUAACUAUCUAGUAAUCCUUACUUUUAAUGCUGUUAACAAUAAUGUCAAUGCUAUAAUAUUAUUUGUAAAGGCGAUUAACUGUUUUCCUUUUCCCAUAUUGUUAAACAAAAUUAAUUUGCAAAAUACAUUUGCUCACAAAAAUGUUAUGAAUUGUCGACCAUUGUAUAAUUUUUUACCAUCUUCAUUACGAGACUUUUAUUUUGAAGUGAAAUCGCUGUGGUCACGACCUUAUUCCUUCUACGUCUGGCUUAUUCUUGCUGGUAGAAUGUAGGUGGGAGACACCGGUAGACACGUGUGUUUGGGUUUUUCCGCAGGACAAUAGGGUCACUUUUGGUAUUCAAAUUACAGGGAUAAUCCACAAUAAAUAUUUGACAAAAACGUAUAUUACACUAGAUUCUAUUACCAAACUCUGUGCUCUUACUUUGGCUGUAGUUGAUUCACCCAGACAGACUGUGAUUUUAUGUCGAUGACAGCAAAGUUUUAGUUGGGAAAUAUUUGGCCUUGAGGAAAGAUUCCGCUCUUCCCUUUUUAACGGAACCUGCUCUUGCUACAAUAAAGGGAUGCUCCUAUACAACAGGCGCAUGCUUGAUAACAUUAUAAUAGGUCCUCAAAGUUGCUGAAGUUUUCAUCUGAUGAGAGAUUGUGGAGGUAUGACACUGGGCACAAGAACUGGUGGGUUGUUGAUCUGCAGUGACCUCUCAACUAUGGUUGCCUAUUCGGUCAUAUUUGACCAAUCAAUUAAUUAAUUAUGCGUCAUGGGGAUAUCAGUUUACUGUUUGCCUGUUUUAACUGUUACCAUGGCAGAACUUCAUUUAUUAUUAACCAUUUUGGUGUCUAGGUUUCUUACUCAGACCAUUUUGGACUUAGAUUUUACAUGUCAAUGAAAAUUAACAAUAGCAGAAGGGUAUGGCUUAAUCUUACAAGAAUGCAUCUUACUUCACUGAAAGAGAGAUGUUAAACAUGUAAAACACCCUCUUGCGUUCCAAUGGAGGGCACAACCUCAAGACAAGACAAAGAAAAGGCUCAGAGAACUGUAAGGUUUCGGGUGGCAUCUGCAAAUAGUGGUCGCAUUUUAACUGAGGUUUUCAAGGAUGACACAUUGACACUGUGUGGCUCAGUGACAGACUCAGUUGACUCGGACUGCACCAGCAACUCGGAGAGCGAGCAGGUGAGCUCCCCACCAACCAGUGAGGCAAAUGGGCAUCUGUGUGGGCUGGUGGGCACAGCGCCGGAUGAUUGCGGGAGUGAUCCGGAUGACCUGCUUAUGUACGCUAGCACCAAAAAGGAGCUGCUCUUUAGCAACAAGCGCAUUAAUAUCUGCAGCAAGAAUGGGACUGUACGUGGUGUGAAGAACAAAGUCAGUGCAGGUCAAGCGCUGUUCAACAACCUUUCCAACCUCUCCAACGUGUAUACAGGUAACCUGCGUGGCAGCCGACGUCAUCUGAAAAAAAUACCAUGGGAAAAAGAUGAUGGGAACUGAGACUGGGUCUACUGACUCUGCUGGCUAUUAUAACACACAACCUUUGGUCUUCAAGAUUUGUGUUUAUGUAUUUACUUCAGGGACAGUCACACUAGGCCCAGUGUCUCAAUUACUCCCGCUGGUCCCUUAUGGUUUAUGACCUGAAUGGUUGAGAUAAUAGGGAAUAAUCAAGCAAUCCUAAAUCCAUCCAAUACAGUAGAGAUCCAAACCCUAUAGUUAAGAACAGACUAAUCCUGUAAAUACACCAUUAUUCUAGAGGCUGUGUAAAUCAGCUAUGCCAAACCCUGUAUUGGACAUGUGCUAUUGAAUGGAUCAAUUCAAAAUAAAAAUCUUAAUGUCCUACAAAUCUGUUUUUGAUCAGUAAAAAAAACCCACUUUCACUCAAAGUUACAGUCCUAUGACUGUAAGACAACGUACUUCACCAAGGAAAAGUUAUCAGAAUGGAGCAUAAUAUUUCUUUGCUGAUGUGUAUAAAUACUUUCUAAGGUUAAAUGUUUUUGUAAGUGGGCUGCUUUGUGAGUGUAAAUUAGAUGAAAUCAUUUAAGACUGUAUUCUUGGAAGAACAAUGCAUUCGUUAUAUAGUAAAACCAUGCUUAACUAUGCUUUUGCGCUAUUGUAUUUUGAAAACUAAGAACCAUGUAGGUUUGUAAGUUUAUACACGGGUAAUAAUUCUAGCUUUUUCUUUCAUUUUCCAGAUGAAAUAUAUAUAUUUUUUACCUUUAUUUAACUAGGCAAGUCCAUUUAGAACAAAUUCUUAUUUUCAAUGACGGCCUAGGAACAGUGGGUUAAGUGCCAUGUUCAGGGGAAGAACGACAGAUUUUUACCUUGUCAGCUUGGGGAUUCGAUCUUGGAACCUUUUGGUUACUAGUCCAACGCUCUACCCACCUGCCGCCCCAAAUAUGUUAUACUCAAUGUAUGUUUUUUCAUAUCCUGAAUGUAUGCUUUUUAAGACACAAGAUACAGUGAAUUAUACUGUUAAAAUCAAUCUUAAAUAAAGUUUUAUAGCUUUUCA